ACGUAAUGUAGGAAUACAACUCACUUUUGAAGACACGACCACUGCUCUUGGCCAGCAGCAAGACCAACAGCAGCACUUCAACAUCCCGCGGAGUACUAGAGGCGACAAGGAACUACAAGUUGAUCAUCAUCGUGUUCGGCCGCAAGAACGAGCUAAACCAACC